CGAAAUGGAUGCACGGAAGAUCGAGUGGAGUCGGCGUCGUACGCUUCGUUCAGUCACGCACGUCAGAUCUGAGUCGGGCAAGCUCAGUUGAGUAGUUAUCUCGAUAGCCGACGAACCGUACGCACGGCGCACACGUGCCAUUUGUGCUCAUCCCUUCUCCACAUCGAUACCGAGCGUGGCUGCCGCUCGCUCGUCGUCCCAUCCAUAGAAACCCUGCCAACUCAGGUUGUCGUCGGUGCAGUAUCCAUCGGCACCUGACCCUACCAAAUACCUACCCAUAUUAAAAUACGAAAAUAAACACUGCACCCAAAGCAGACACGUGUGCGCUUACAACCAACCGGCCGGUCAUCAAGUAAUAGUAACAUUUUUGUCAACGGUUCGUUACAAAAAGGAAAUUAAUCAUUUGAAUUUAAGUAGUGUUUUUAAAUUAACAUUCCGUACAGUUAUACAUUACCGUGAUAGAAAAAAAGUGUUGUGUAUUAUUAAAUUAAAAAAGUGAAAUGUCUAAUUCAAUGGAGCAGCAGUUUAGCGAACUCAAUCUCUCACAAGAGGACCAUGAUCAAAUAUUUGAACAAGAAGAUCAUCAAGAUCCGAGCCGUUCAUCAAGAGUACUCAUCAGUGGGCUCCCCCCGCAUGUCCGCUUCGACAACAUCGAGCCGCUGCUGUUACAGUACGGCAACGUGCAGCAGUGCGAAAAAGCCAACUCGCGCGAUGCCAACACCCAAGCGGUGUAUAUCACGUUCGAGACUCCGGAGCAGGCGCAGCUGGCUAUAAACGGCUUGAAUGGCUGUGAGCUAGAGGGUAGUCGCAUGAAGGUGGAGGCAACGGAGCAGAAUGCACGCGGAGGGAGACGCGGGCGACCCGGCGGCGGCCGUGGCGGUGGCGGAGCGGCUGGUGGCGGCUCGCGUCCCACCGACUUUCCGUUGCGGCUGCUUGUGCAGAGUGACAUGGUCGGCGCGAUCAUCGGCCGUCAGGGCAGCACCAUCCGUCUCAUCACGCAGCAAAGUCGGGCCCGUGUCGAUGUACACCGCAAGGACAACGUCGGAUCUCUAGAAAAGGCCAUAACUAUUUACGGAAACCCAGAAAACUGCACCAACGCCUGCAAGAGGAUACUUGAAGUAAUGCAACAGGAAGCCAACAAUACCAAUAAAGGAGAUAUAUCUCUUCAAAUCUUGGCGCACAACAAUUUGAUUGGGCGUAUCAUCGGUAAAGGAGGCAACACUAUCAAAAGGAUCAUGCAAGAGACUGAUACUAAAAUUACAGUAUCCUCUAUCAAUGAUAUCAAUAGUUUCAAUUUGGAACGAAUUAUUACUGUCAAAGGCACUAUUGAAAACAUGGCUAAAGCCGAAUCACAGAUUUCGGCAAAGCUCCGUCAGAGUUAUGAGAACGAUUUACAGGUAGAGGUUUUGGCGCCACAAAGCAUAAUGUUCCCGGGACUGCACCCCAUGGCAAUGAUGUCGACAGGGCGUAGUUUCUGCGGUGCUCCACCGCCAUUCCAACCUCCACCGAUCUAUGCGCCACUGGCUGGCCAAGGAGGCGCACAACAGGGAGCUGGCGAUAGUCAGGAGACUACUUACUUAUACAUACCGAACAAUGCAGUGGGUGCCAUAAUAGGUACCAAAGGCUCUCACAUUCGAAACAUAAUCCGAUUCAGCAGAGCCUCUGUGAAAAUAGCACCGCUUGAGCAAGAUAAGCAGGGGGAGAAUCAGAAUGCGCAACAGGAGCGCAAAGUCACAAUUGUCGGCAGUCCCGAGGCACAGUGGAAGGCCCAGUUUUUGAUUUUCGAAAAGAUGCGAGAGGAAGGCUUCAUGUCUGGCUCAGAUGACGUGCGUUUGACCGUGGAGAUAGUCGUGGCGUCGUCCCAGGUGGGGCGUAUUAUCGGCAAGGGCGGCCAGAAUGUGAGGGAGUUGCAACGUAUGACGGGCUCGUUGAUCAAGCUGCCUGAACAGCCGCAGCAGCCGGGCGCCCCGCAGCAGGAUCACGACACGACGGUGCACAUCGUCGGACCGUUCUACAGCGUCCAGUCUGCGCAACGACGUAUCCGCGCGAUGGUGGCGCAAGCGAGUGCGCCGGGUCGUCGUCGUGCCGCUCAGCCGCCGCCAGCCCAGCAGUAAAUGGCCUCCGCUCCCAACAAAGCAACCCCCCACCCACCACUUACCAUAUAUACCACCACAACCACCAUAUCCCCGGACUACCCGCCACGCGUCAUUCGCACCGCGUCACCGACCGGAGCGUAGCUCCUCUGACACAAGACCGCUUUUAAUUAUUGAGCAGUGCGCAGGCAGGUUGUUGUGUUGACAACACUUGUCCAAAAUGUUGUUGUUGACAUAAUUAUUAUUAUUAUUGUAGUGAAUUAUAAUUAAUUACUAUUGAUGAAUCCAUAUUUUAUCCCGGUAUUAUCUAUGUUGAUAAUUAAUAUUUGAAUAUGAUAUAUAUAUUAUAUGCAUAUAUAUUAUUCAUAUACACUAUUAUUUAACGAUAGUGUCAGUUAUAAGAACUUAGUACCGUAAUAUAUUUGAUUGUUAUAUUGUUUUCAUACCAUGUUACUCUGAUACAUUUUAAAGUUAUAAAUGCAAUAGAUAAUGAUUAUGUUCUCUAUACAUAUACACAUGUUAAUAACAAUAGCUAUAAUAAUUAGUACCACAUCAUAAUUAUAAUAACGAGAGGAACGUAUUUUUUGUUAUAAAUAUAAUAGAUUAAUCUGUUGAAAUCACUACAGUGUAAAGUUAUAUAUUAUUUGAAAGGGUGUGUGUGGGAUGAUAUAAUAGGAACGGAUAAUGUACACGACAUCGUUUUACCGAGGAGGCUCAAUAGACGAACGGAUGCUUUGCGACUAUAUUGUAGGGAUAUUAAUAUAAACGAUACAUGGAAUUUCUGCAUGCAUGCUGAUGAGAACGUGUUGUACAAUGAUGGGUUUAAUAGAUUGGACGUGUGAGUUGGGUGUUAAGUAACUAAUCCAAAGAGUGUACGCCGAUCCGGUGUAGAAUCGGCACGGCGUUGUGUCGAGCCUUGACUAGACUAGCGGGCGUCGUGCGGCCCAAGAGCGUCGCCGACACCGCAUCCACAUAAUGGAAGUGAUGAAUCCACCUUGAGUGGAUAUAAAAUAUUUUUGAUAUACAUACUAGUAAUUGUUGGAGAGUAAGAGGUAAACUUAUGAGUUUUAAUUUGUAAGUGACAUUUGUUGAUCGUUUUCUUUGUAAUUUUGUCUUUGUUAGCUGUAUGAUGUUUUCUUGUAUUGAAACUGUAAUGAAAGAUUUUGAAAAUUAAGACGAGAUACCGUAGCGUAUGAAACGUGGAAGUGUAGCGUAUUAUUUGGUUCUUUCGUGAUGUGUUUAAUUCAAAUGUACGAUUUGCGUUAUGUGCCAAGUGAGAUAUUUAAUAUUGAGAGAUUAAGAUUAAGUGAAAAUAUCAAAAUUAAUGAAAUACUUAGAUAUUUAUAUUUAUAAUUGUGAUAAUAAUAUAUGGAAGUUUUGGCAAAAAUGUCUUAAGAAUGUUCUACAUUCUUGUUCCCAAUUUCUCAAAUUUUAGGUUAGGUUAAAUCUUAGUUGUAAAGGCGAUAAAGGCUGUUUGAUUGGUGUAAAAAAAAUACAAAUUCUCUUGGCUCAUUCGCCUUUCAACAAAACUAAUGGCCCCCGAAUCUUUCGCCUUCUUACUUCAGCCUCACAAAAAUUUGGCUUUAUGAUUCCCAAAUGCAUAAAAUAAUUUUCAUUUCAUCAAUCAAUCUAUCGAUACUUCCGAUUAAUUCACAUCACUAUGUACUUGGUGCUGCAUGUUUAGGGUUGUACACAUGAAUGAUUCUCGUCGACAACACUAGUCAUGAUAAGUAUUCCUCUUUUUUAGAAUUUAUAAAUUAUGUGAAUCCCAUUCUGCGUUUGAUCGCCCAUUCAUAAGAAAAAUGUAUAUUGCUUCCACAUAUUAUUGAAUUUAAAAUAUGUAAUCAAUCUCUCUGAAAAGUUUCAUAAAAUUGUAAUCAGAAAAUAAAAUGACAAAAUCGACACUAAUUUAUUAGUACACUAUAUUUGACACGGGAAUGGUAUAGAAUCGAAAUAGUUUAUUGAUGUUUUAAAUAUUGAAUCAUAAUUAUAUAGUUUGAUUUUAUUGUUAGCAGUUGUAUUUAAACUAUUGCAUAGACAUUGUUUAAAUAGAUAUAUGUAUUCAAUAAAACUCUUAAUUUUAAUAAAUCCUCAACAGUAUUACAUACAUUUAAAGGUUUUAAAUUUGAUUUGUCAAAUAUUAGUAUUUCAAUUGUUGUUCCAUAUAAAUUAUUUAGUAUAUUUUCUUAUAAAUAAUAACAUAAUAGACUACAGUUCGCAGUACCUAAGUUGAACUAUCGGAUCGAGGUUCGGGGAAGAGCUGCAGCGUUAACUCUAGGUUCAUGGUUAUACUAAGACGGGAAAAUGCCAUUUUGGUUCAACUUGGGUGCCGCGCGUUAUACUACAGAUUACACUUGGUUUGUUGACCACGUCCGUCGGGUAAAUGCCCCACCCGUUACACCUGUAUCGGUUGGCACGCAAAAUGACGCGAACAAGGUUCCUAUGUCUAUACCUACCUCGCUGUUAUCUAUUGUACUAGUUAAUUUAAUUAACAUUUUGUUACUAAAUUUUUAUUUAUCGGUUUAACAUAUCGAUAAUAACAAGAAAUCCUUGUAUUUAUUUACGUGUUGCAGUUUUCUCACACGCUACGGAAAGUAUUGUAUUUAGCUUCCGUUUAAAAUGUAUUCUACAGAUAAUAUGACAUAUUUAGUGUAAGGGUUCACUCUACUGAAGUUAUAUCGAUUAGAACUUAACAGACGCAUUGCGUUAAUUACAUACAAUUGAUCAAUGAGCAUGAUGCUAUGACACUUUUAAAUGUAUAAGUGUACAUUAAGAAUCUUGCAUUAUUAGGAUAUGUACAAUCGCUAAUCUAAAAAUUAGAUUACAGUAGCUCCAUUUUUAGUAGUGCAACAACAUAUGCAGUCUUUAAAAAUGAGAUCAGGGGACCUAGUGUAAGGUUGUUAUAUGUUACUGUUGAAUUUGACUAUAAUAUUUCUAACGCCAAAAUAAUACCAAAUGCGCAUCUAAUGUGAUCCUAGUGCUCUUGGAAAUUUCAAUUUGAUGCCCAUUUAGUCAUUUUCGAUGCAUAUUUAGUAUUGUUCGUGGUUAGGUUAGGUAAGUAUGGUGUUAUUAAAUACAUCCCUUUAUAAAUUAAGAAGUAUUAUGGUAGUAAGGACAAUUUGUUUUCACUAUAAUAACUAAUUGCGCUAGAGCCUCGUGACCUCCGAUUGUGUUAAUGCGUUUUAUCACGGAUGCAAAUACAGACGCUCGAGUGCUGUGAAAAUAAAAAAUACUUUCAUUGCAGGUAGCGAACAAUGUUUUCUUUGUUCAUUUAUUGCUUACAGUAAAAUGUUUCUUAGACUUGUGAAUGCAGUGCGUAGUCAACGCCUUUAUUCUUUGGAGAAACUGUUAAUGAGCAACAUUGACAAUAGCAGUGAUGUCACUAAUAACUGCAACAUAAUUGCAUUGACCAACAAAAAUGAUAGUGAAAUAUUUGGUUAUAACCAACUUUUGGCGUGAAUUUGGAAGUUUUAUCACACGAGAUCAGAGUGCAUUGCAACAGGACCAACCAGUACGAUAUAGAUAAUGUGAAUGCUGCAAUGACCUAACUUGCUGUCUCUUACCACAGUUAUUGUAACCUCUGUAAUCAUAGUUAAUUGAUUCUAAAUAUGCGAUAGCAUUUAUAAACCUUAACAUUCCAUUUAACUAACAACACCUUGCUGAGAGAUUCGUUUAGAAUCAAACAUCUUCGUGGUCGUUAAAAAAAUAUAUGAAAUUUGUAUUUAAUGUUACAUGGUAAGUAUUUGUAAUAAUUGUCUAUCGGUCAGUGACCUCAAAUUACAAGAUGUACAAUUGUAAUCACGGUGUUAGCAGUUAUUUGUACAAUAUGAACAAGUAAUUAAUGUUUACUAGUCAAUUACUUUACCCGUGCGCCUCAGGUUCUUGUGACAUCAUAUCUGUCCACUAAUCGUUUUGAUUUUUGAACGUAACCUCUAACGGUUUCAAAUAAACUGUAAUAGGAUAACAGUGCACGGGUACGAGUAAUUCCUGCUAGUAUAGUAAAAAACUAUAUGCAUUAUUGACGUUUCAAUUUGUGUGUUGAAUUUGUAUAGAUUACAUAUUGGUGUAACAUUUUCACACAGUAAUACAGUAUAUUCUACAAAGUAUAUACAGGACAAAGUGUAAUAUGGCUUUUGUCAUGUGCUACUGAUGAUUGGGGCUGCGGCCCGCUGGGGCGGCGAUGGGCGUAGUCGGCAUCGUCCCCGCCCGCCGUUCUUUAGACACACUGACGGCCAGAUUCCCCUUGCAUCGGCUAUCUGAAUGGAGUUUUAAUAUGCAGUUACUUUCACUACGACAGAGUGUACAUAUAUAGGCAUGUUGUUUAUUCCUUCCAAAUGUAAGCAAGAGAGGGUACAUUAUGAUUUGUAAUGUGUUUAGGAUGCAGAAAUAGUUUUAGUUUAUUAAUUGUAUCGUUGUGAAGUAGUGUUAAGUUGAGGGUCGGCGCGGGUGUCGCGUGAGGCCACGAGACUGAACUACAACUGCCGCCGCGCUCCCGCGCCUAUUACUUACAUGUCAUUAACGCUAAUAAUAUACUUUUAUCAUUCUUGUUUGGUUCUACUGUUAUUUACGUUAUAAUAUUACUUUCUCAUGUGUGUAAUCACUAUUUUAUGUAUUUGAUGUGUGAACGACUGGAUUUACUUUCAUAUAUUUGCAUUAUUAAUUGAAUUAUAACAUUACCUGAAUAGGGGAUGAUAUGUUUCGAUAUAAUAAUAAAAUUAGAUUAUAAAAAUAUAAAAUAAAACCGUCGAUCACAUUACAUUAUUAGUAUUUUGAUACCAUUCAAUUUUGUAAUUGUUAUCAUCUUAAGUAUUGUCAGAGAAGGCCGUAUUAUUCGUACAUUAAGCCCCUCUGAAAGCUUUUAAUAUUUUAUUUCGAGGAAGUGUGAGCAAUGAGUGUAUUGUGUAUUUCGCUGGACCUUGUUAGCCUUGCUAUCGGAAAAUGGGUGCGGGCGUAGAUGCGCCGUCGCCGUCGCCGCCGCUGCCCUCCCCUCACGUUACUCGUGCAUUCUCGUCUCACGAUCUACUAGCGAUGACGCUAUUGUUCAGAGGCGCGACCACACGAGGCUAAUGAUACUUCCGGUUUACAUUAUACACAUAGGGCCAGAGGUGUGUUUACUGUUACUUCUCGAUAAAUGUAUUAACGUUCAAUGUAUACACAGUUGAUUUUUUCAUCGAUUUCAUACCGGACGAAUAUAAUUAACUGUACCGCUAAAAUUUCAUUGAAUUAUUUUACUGUUAUUUUUAGAACCAUUUAUAAUUGGUAUAAGUUCAGAAACUAAUAACUACCUCAAUAUUACUAAAUGAAUAUGCUAAUUAUCUUUGUGCAUGUUUUUGGGAACUGAAUUUAAUUAAAAGAAUACGAAAAUUCAAUAUAGUGUAAUAACGCUAUUUUAAACAUAGUAAACAGAAAUUUGUCAAAAUUAGAUUUCGUAAAGUAAUAAAAAUGAUUU